UAUUGAGAUUGCACAGAUUCGGGCACACUAUUAAGAAAAAGAAGAAGACGCAGUGAAAAGUGCCGCUGGAAAAUUGCAAAAAGUAAUGAAUUUGGAUAUCUAACAAGGUGACGCGUGUUUAAAAAGAGCAGCAACAUGGACGUGCAGCCGCCACGUGAUGCCAGUUUACGCAAUAUAAUAGACAAGCUGGCGGAGUUUGUGGCCAGAAAUGGACCGGAAUUCGAGGCCAUAACCAAGCAGAAGCAGCAGAACAACCCAAAGUUCGAGUUCCUCUACGGCGGGGAGUUUGCCAGCUACUACCAAUUUAGGGUGGCAGCUGAACAGACGCUGCUCAAGCAGCAGGGCCUGAACCAACAACUGCCACCGGGUGGACCACCCGGCCACUACAUGCAACAUCCGCCGCCAAUGCAGCAAUCCCAGCCACCUGGCCAUUAUCCGCCACCCAAUCAGCAGCAGCAGCACCCGCCAGAAAACACACAAGACAAUAUGCAGGCGCAGCAUUCUUGGCCUCCAAACUCCGGGAACGGUGGACCGCCAAACAAUCAGCAGGCCAACGGCAGUGCAAUGGCCGUAAAUCUUACCUCCCAACUGGACGCCAUCAAGAUGCAGCAGAAGACGCUGCGGGAACAGAUAAAGCAAUCCGAAGCGAAUCUCUCCGCACAGCACACGGCCCUGAUGAACCAAAAGACGAAGCAGAUCGAGGAAGCCAUUGCGGCGGCGCAGACGGCGCAGCAGGAGCAGAUGGCCGGCGAACAGGGCAUUGUGCUGAGGGACUUUGAUGGCGUCCUGCAGCCGAUCAUCGAGUCCUGCACCAAGGACAGCAUCUCUGCAGGCAAGAACUGGAUUUUACAGCAUUCAACCGACAGCGCAAAAAUCAAUGUCGUUUUACAAUAUCUUUUAAAGAAGGCUUUGGUCAAUGGUUCAACGUUUCAGCAAAAAUUGCAUCUUAUAUAUUUAGUUAAUGAUAUACUCCACCACUGCAUGCGCAAGAACAUCAAUGACUUGAAGAACAGCCUCGAGAACGUCGUCAUUCCGAUGUUCUGCAGCGCCGACUUGAUUGCCAGUAACGACCAGCGCCAGAAGUUGGCCAAGCUGUUAUCGCUGUGGGAGUCCAAGGCUAAGUUCUUCGAUGCCUGCGUCAUUUCAAAGCUGCAGUCGCCGGACUCGUCCAUGCAGGAGUAUAAAACUAAUCUGCAGAACACGCACCAUGAUAUAACCGCCAAAUACGCGCAGAACACAAAGGCCACUUUGGAUAACUACCAAAAACAGCACCAGAUAUUUAUUCAGCAUGCCAGCCAGCAGAUUGCCCAACUCGAGAAGCAGGGGCAGCACCUGGAACAGCAGAUAAUGGUGGCCCAGAAGACCCAGCAACAACAUAUGCUUCAACAUCAGAGUCCGGGCGGUCAGCAGCAGAAGAAUAUACCAUCGCUUAUGUCCCACCGGAUACCCAUGCCGGGUGACCGCGAGCACAUGAAUAAUCAGGGGCCGCAUGAUCAGCAGGCAGGGAAUAAUAUGUAUCCGGGUGGUAACUUCCACCAGCAGCAGCAGCAACAACAGCAGCAGUCAUCAGGAAACCCCUUUGCGGAUCCGCGGGGACCGAACUUUUUCAUUCCGGACAUGUCAAAACCACCGCCAGGCUUUGCCGGACCCAUGCAUCAUCAUAAUCAGGGGCCAAUGGGUCAUCAGCAGCAGCAGCAGCAACAACAACCGGGGCCGUUUCCGCCAAUGCAGGGUCAGGGGUCCGGCAAUGAACCACCUGUUGAUCUGGGCGUGCUCAGUGCAGCAAUUCAGGCGUGCCUACAGAUGCAGCAUCAGCAGCAACACCAUCCCGAUGAUCCACAACAGCAAGGACAAAACCAAAUCCAGCAGCAGCAGCCGCAACAACAACAGCAACAGCCAAUGGCUGCCUAUCCCCAGAAUCUGGUCAGACCUGGACAACCAAAUGCUGAUCCGGAAGUGGACCUGGAUGUGCUCAAUGCAGCCAUUCGAGCGGUUAUAACAAAAAAACCCGAGGAAGGUCCAUUGGAGGAUGGCCAGCAGCCGCCUCAGUUAGGCGACGGAGAAUCUGGAGAACCCGUGGUCAUCGGAGAGCCGCAAAUACCUACAGCGCCUUACUACGACUUGCCAGCGGGCCUAAUGGUGCCUCUGAUUCGCCUGGAGGACUACAACUAUAAGGCUCUAGAUCCGGCGGAUAUUCGACUGCCAGCUCCAGCGCCGCAAAGUGAGCGGCUAACAAAUGCAUUGAAUGCCUUCUAUUCCGCACCCUCGCAUGAUAGACCCAGGGAUAAUGAGGGCUGGGAAAAGCUUGGUCUCUAUGAGUACUACAAGGUAAAAAAUGCGGCGCGAAAGCAAAAGGAGGAGGAAAUCAAGGAUGGCAUUCGAGAAAAGUCGCGUUCGCCCAGUCCAAUUGUGCUCGAAAAAGUCCUACCCAAAAAGAGCAACAAGCGAGUUUAUCGAUCCAAGAGUCGCAGUCGCUCCCGCUCAAAUACGCCGCCUCAUCGCGACAGAUCGCCCUCUCGCUCCAGGUCCCGAUCCCGAUCCGUGGAGCGCUCCUCAACACCGCCACCAAUGAACCGCAACAGGAUGGGCGGUGGGGGUGGCGGUGGAAGCAAUCGCAAGGGGCGCAAUCGAUCGCCUCGACACGAGAGAGAGAACAACAGCAGCAGCAUGAAUAACAACCGGGAGAAUCGAGCGGAGCGUAGUAAUUCCAAUUCCAACAACAGUAACAAUGGCAGCAACACAAACCUAAGACGUGUUGAUCGUGACAGAUCUCCAACCCCUCCGAGCUUUUUGGGAAGUACCUUUGCCAAACCCCAAGAAUUCAUCGAGGAAUCAAACAAGGGGCACCAAAUGCUAAUGAAAAUGGGCUGGGCGGGCACUGGCACUGGACUGGGCUCAAAGAAUCAGGGCAUAGACACGCCCAUUUCGGGUGGCGAGGUGCGCGAUCGUCGCGAAAUGUACAAGGGCGUGGGUGCCAAUAUGCACGAUCCCUUCGAAAGCUUCCGCAAAAACAAGGGCGCUGCCUUUGCACAUCGCAUGCGAUCGCGAGACGACAAAAGUUAGGAUCUGCCCCAGGCCGAUUACUUCAACGUUUUUUGUUUCCUUUAGCCAAGAAAAUAUACAUUUUUAUAAAAGCAAA